AUGAAGGUCGCCAUCGUCGGAGCCGGCUUCUCCGGCAUCUCAACCGCCAAGUACCUCACCCAGUAUGGUCACGACGUCACCAUCUUCGAGGCGUGCGACGACGUUGGCGGCGUCUGGUCCAAAGCGCGUCGCUACCCCGGUCUCGCCACGCAGAACUCCAAGGAGACGUACAGCCUGUCGGACAUGCCCAUGCCGCGUCACUACCCCACCUGGCCCGCCGCCCAGCAGGUGCAGGACUACCUCGACGCCUACACCGACAAGCACGAUCUGCGACGUCUUAUGCGCUUCGGAACUCGCGUCGAGCGUGCUGACCCCACCAAGGACGGCUGGGAGAUUACCACCAAGAAAGGCUCGAGCACCGAGACGCACGAGUUCGACCACCUCGUCGUCGCCACGGGUACCUUCUCGAGGGGCAAGAUCCCAGACUACAAGGGUGUCGACGAAUGGGAAGCCGCUGGCGGUCGUAUCUGCCACUCGUCCGACCUCGGUCUCGAACCCGAAACCGUCCAGGGCAAAGACGUCAUCGUCGUCGGCUACGGCAAAUCCUCGUGCGACGUCGCCAACGCCGUCUCUGCCAACGCCAAGUCCACCACCCUCGUCGCGCGCCGUCUCAUCUGGAAGCUGCCCCGCAUGAUCCGUGGCAUCCCCUACCAGUACCUCCUCCUCACCCGCCUCGGCGAAUCGCUCUUCGAAUACAUCACCCCCUCCAGCUUCGAGCGCUGGUUCAACUCGGGUUCGGGCCGCUUCAUCCGCAACGGCAUGCUCUCUUCGCUCCAAUGGGUCGUCACCGGUCAACUCAAACUCGCCCAUCUCGGCCUCGUCCCCGAAGGGCCAUUCGAGGAAAUCGCACGCAGCACCAUCUCGCUCUCCACCGAAGGGCUGUAUAAGAACAUCGAAGCGGGCAAGGUGCGUGUUGCGCGCGAUUCGGAGAUCGCCCACCUCACCCAAACCCCUGAGGGCAAACCAGUGGCCGUGCUGAAGGAUGGUUCCGAGAUGCCCUGCGAUCUGUUGGUGUGCGCAACCGGCUUUCACCAGGACGUGCCGUUCUUGUCCGUGGAUGUGCAGAAAAAGUUCCUCGACGAGAACGGCAACUUUUUGCUCCACAAGCAUAUCAUGCCGAUUGGCGUACCGAACCUCACCUUCAACGGGUACAAUUCGAGUCUCUUCUGCCCAACGUCGAGCGAGGCGGCGGCACUGUGGAUCUCCGCCCACCUCGCUGGGCUUACCGAGUUGCCAUCGGAGGCUGAAAUGAUGCAGGCAGCUCAGGCAAAAUUCGACUGGCUCGACGCGAGGAGCAAUGGCAAGCACGCACAUGGAACCAACCUCGUGCCGUUCAGUCUGCACUCGAUCGAUGAUACGUUGGAGGACGUAGGGUUGGGGCUGGGGAGGUGGGCGACCGUCAAGCAGUGGUUGCUGCCCGUGAGGCCGAGCGACUAUGCUGGGUUGGGAGCGCGGUUGGGCAAGCGGAUCGACGAGGCUGAGAGGGCGAGCGUCAAGAACUAG